UUCGGCGCGGGCGUCCUCGGUGCGGCGUCUCCCGCGAACGCUGCGGUCAGGCUAUUUCCCACGGAUCUCGAUCCGCGGCGGAGAUUCUUUCAGAACCUCGUGGAGCCGUGGGAGCCGUAUUUCGGCUGGGGCGAGAGAGUGACAGUUCGGCGGGAGCUCGUCCCCGGUUCGAUCUGGAGUCUCGAGCAAGAGCAAGCGCUGGACGUGCUCGCCAUGAACAUCCGGACCACGGUUGUGAAACUGAAGAGCACGGGCGGCUUAGUCGUUUUCUCGCCGCAAGCGCCGACCAGAGAAUUCUUCGAGCUGCUCGACGAGCUCGGCGUGGUUGAACACGUAGUGCUGCCAACGUAUGCCCUGGAGCACAAGGUGUGGCUGCCUCCUCUGUCUCGGCGAUAUCCGCGAGCGAAGAUCUGGGUGGCAGAGGGCAUCUGGAGCGUCCCUGUCGACUUGCCUUUGGAGUGGCUGGGCAUCGAGAAGACAGGUACGCUAACGGUGGAUCGUAGAGGCCUUCCAGACGAUGCCGAACGCACGCCGCCGUGGCUGGACGAACUGGACUAUCGGGUGCUGCGCGUGGACACCGCGGGUGCGAACCCGUACAUCGAGACGUGCUUCUAUCACCGCGAGUCAAGGUCGUUACUCGUCACGGACCUCGUUUUAUCCAUCCCGACUUUUCCUCCGGAGGUUAUCUCGAGGAACCGGCUGCUGAACCUCGCGCCGGAUGAUCCAGCGGACGCGCCCGCGGCGCUGACGGAUGAGAAUCUCAUGAUUGGAUGGGCAAAGGCGAGCCUGGUUGUGUCCUUCCUGGGGCCAUCGAGGCAGAGCCAGAAGUCUUUUGAGUCCAUCAGGGAACGCACGAUUCCCUCACCGAUCCUUCGCACGCUGGUGUUCAGCAAAGGGCGCGGAUUCACGCGCGAUUUCAUCAACGUGCUGUGUCGCGAUUGGGGAGACGAAGAAACCGGAUUUGUCCAAAUAAUUCCCGCACACUACGACGCGCCGAUAGCGGCGGGCCCCGCCGAGCUCAGAAGAGCGUUCGCGUUCAUCGAC